UCACCACCGCAAACAGAAAACUCGGAACAAAAAGAAAUUUCGAAGACGAAAAGGAUUGGAGAGAGAGAAGAUAUGGGAAAAUCCUUUUCGAAGUUUUCUUAAAUAAAUAUUUUUUUAAAAAAAUAUCUGAGGAUUGAAAAUUUUAUUGAAAUUCAAUUCGAAAUCGAUCGUAGGCGGAGGGAAAAAUUGACAACAAAAAUUCUUUGAUCGUUUCAGACCCCCCACAACCUGAGCUGUCUGCGGUCAAAAAUGGCCGGCGCCGCCUCGGCGCUUUUCCUGUUGGACAUCAAAGGCCGUGUUUUGAUCUGGCGCGAUUAUCGAGGCGAUGUUCCAGCUUCUCAGGCUGAGCGAUUCUUCACCAAGCUUAUUGAGAAAGAGGGUGAUCCGCAGUAUCAGGAUCCGGUAGUAUACGAAAAUGGAGUAACCUACAUGUUCAUACAACACAGCAAUGUAUAUCUGAUGGUUGCUUCGCGACAGAACUGUAAUGCUGCGAGCCUUUUGCUCUUUCUUCACCGUGCUGUCGAUGUGUUUAAGCACUAUUUCGAAGAGUUGGAAGAGGAAUCGCUGAGAGAUAAUUUUGUUGUCGUGUAUGAAUUACUUGAUGAGAUAAUGGAUUUUGGUUUUCCUCAAUAUACUGAGGCCAAGAUUCUUAGCGAGUUCAUCAAAACCGAUGCUUACAGGAUGGAGGUUACGCAACGCCCUCCCAUGGCUGUUACCAAUGCAGUUUCUUGGCGCAGCGAAGGGAUUAGAUACAAGAAAAACGAAGUGUUCUUGGAUGUGGUGGAAAGUGUGAAUAUACUUGUCAACAGCAAUGGACAAAUAAUACGUUCAGAUGUUGUUGGGGCUCUAAAGAUGAGAACAUAUUUGAGUGGUAUGCCUGAGUGUAAGCUUGGGCUAAAUGAUCGAUUGCUAUUGGAGGCUCAAGGUAGGACAGCAAAAGGAAAAGCCAUUGAUCUGGAUGAUAUUAAGUUCCAUCAGUGUGUACGCCUGGCUCGAUUUGAAAAUGAUCGAACUAUAUCCUUCAUACCUCCUGAUGGAGCGUUUGAUCUUAUGACGUACAGACUUAGUACUCAGGUAAAACCUCUAAUCUGGGUGGAAGCACAAGUUGAAAAGCAUUCUAGAAGUCGUGUUGAAAUUAUGAUUAAAGCAAGGAGCCAGUAUAAGGAGCGCAGCACUGCAACAAACGUUAUCAUUGAAUUGCCUGUUCCUUCCGAUGCUACAAAUCCUAGCAUCCGGACAUCAAUGGGGUCUGCUUCUUAUGCUCCUGAAAGUGAUGCCCUGGUCUGGAAAAUAAAAUCUUUUCCUGGUAAUAAGGAGUAUAUGUUGAGGGCUGAGUUUCUUCUUCCUAGUAUAACUGCUGAAGAUGCAGAUCCUGAGAGAAAACCUCCUAUACGUGUCAAGUUUGAAAUACCAUAUUUUACUGUCUCAGGAAUUCAGGUUCGGUAUCUUAAAAUCAUAGAAAAAAGUGGAUACCAGGCACUUCCAUGGGUGAGAUACAUAACAAUAGCAGGGGAGUAUGAACUAAGACUGAUGUAAAGGCAAUUUGUGUUGCUUCUUUCAAUCUCGUAAAUAUAAAUAUAUAUUAUAAUAUUAUUACAUAAUAAUGUAUAUUGCAUUCAACAUGAGAUGUUUCUUUUCAAAAUUUUGGUAUUAUUAUUAGUUUUCCAUCUCUGAUGAUAUGUUUUUUUUCCAUUACUCUGCCUUAAUGGCUAAGAAGCAAUGAGAAUCUUUAAUAAUGUUGUCAUUUUAUUCAAA